AAACCGAAAUCGAUUUUGUUUCAGAAAAGAAAUAUAUAUUUUAAGAGUUGUUACAAGGCAUAUAUUAUGAUUCAAAUUUAUAGCAAUUCCAUGAAAGAAACAACGGCCUGAUCGAUCCCAGCCAUGCGCGCUCCUUCCAACAUAGUAUUUCUUAAAUGAAAUAUAAUUCACUUAAAUGUUUACAAUUCACUUCUAAGUUCUAACGCAUUAAAUUCGCUUCGGGAGAGAAAAUGAUUAUUUGUAAUAUAUUAAAAGAUAAAUUAACAAAAUGAAAUGUAAAAGAAUAGUGUGAUUGUUGUGAGCAUUUGGAAUUGGGAUACACUCGCAGUUGCAGCAGCAAUCGGCGGCAACACCUCCGAUGGAUUCAACAGCACCACCGCCAAACCCUAACCCUAAAGAUCCACCGUCGAAGGAACAUCACAGAGACCUAUUGAACCACGUGGAAGCUUAUCUCGCGAAGCGCGACGGCGUCGAUAAGCUUCUCAAGAUUUCGCGCUACGCCACCAAGCUCAUCCUCGCCUCGUCGCUCCUCCACUCCUCCGACCCCGCCCUCACGCGCCGCCUCAAAGCGUUCGAGUCCAGCGUCGGCGUCAGCCGCAAGGCCUUCCGACUCGGCAAGUUCGUGCAGGACCUCAACGCCCUCCGAACCUCCGACCACCACCAGCAGCACCGCCACCGCCUCCUCCUCUCCCUCCUCGCCUACGGCGGCGAAGGCCUCUACUACUUCCUGGAGCAGUUCGUGUGGCUCGCCAAAUCCGGCCUCAUCGAUCCCAGCCGCGCGCGCUCCUUGCAGAAGGUCAGCGCGUGGGCGGAGCUCCUCGGCUACGUCGGCAGCAUCGCGCUGAAAGUGGGCGAUUUGAGGGCCAUGGCGGAGGAGGAGACGUGUCUGAGUUCGACUUUGGAGAUUUCGGAGCUGAGAGGGGUUUCGUGUGCGGAGGAGGAAGGGAGGUUGAGGAAAUUGAGAGAGAAGAAACUGAUGAAGAGGCUUUCUGUUGUUCAGGAUUUGGCGGAUGCCAUCAUGGCCGUUGAUGAUAUAUUGGAUGGCAAGAGUUCGUUUUCCAAUCCUAUUUUGAUGGCUUCAGCUGGACUUCUGUCUGCGCUUAUUAGCACUCACAAGAAUUGGCUCUCUUGUUGAAACUUGGAUGGAAGGAAUCCAAUUUUGAUGGCUUUUCCACACAAAACAUGUAAGGAAUACACAUAGGUAUACUGUAUACGCCAAGAGAGGAUGGUUCUUGGUUGCUUUGUUCUGCUUAUAGUUUUAGAUUUAUUGCUCAAUGCUCAUUCAUGAAUAAGAAUGGCCAUCAUUCUUUGCUUUAUUCUUUUUGUGGCUUCAUUUGGUAUGGUUUAGAUUUAGAUAGGAAAGAAUCUUGUUAAUUAGCUUCUGCUUUGUGUAGAAUUGUGUGGUUUAUUUGUGGGUUUUGUUGAGAGCUAACACUGAACUACAAAAUGGAAUGUUUAGACGGGGGGAUAGUGGAUUGUGUAUAUUCUUUACAUAACCAGUGUGGCUUUCCAGUUCUCAUCUAUUUUACUCAACACAACACUGGCAUUUAAAAGGAGAAGGAAAACAAAUAUAUGGAUUGUAUUCCUGUGAAAAUUGAUUUGGAAUGGCUGUUGUUGGAUGCAAGAAACAGUUUGGGAAAAGGAGGGGGUUGCAAUUUGCAUGAUUACUUUUAUCAUUGUCAAGAUGAACUAGAAAUAUAACCUUCUAGGCUCGAUUUAGAUUGUUUGCACGAAUUCUUAGAUUGAUAUCUCAUUGCUACAUUGUGCACACACACAAAAAAAAAAAAUGCAC